AUGGAGAUAAGAUCUGUGAAAAGAAAGAAGAACAAGAAGAGAGAAGACGUUAUCAAAGAAGAUAGGAUCAGUAACCUCCCUGACUCUCUUCUUCAUCAGAUUCUUCUCUUACUGCCUCUACAAUCCGCAGCUAUAACCAGCUCACUCUCAAAAAGAUGGAGAUCUCUCUUUCUCUCAUUGCCUGAUCUUGAUUUCACUUCCAUCAAUGAAAACCCUAAACCACCCUCUUUCUCUUCCAAUUCCAUUUACCAACUGCUUUCUCUUCGUCAUCACCGUGAUGCCACCAACAAUCUCAGAUCACUUCGUUUCCGCACUCCAAUCACCUUCACAAGUCUCAACUCCUUGAUCCGUUUAGCUGUUACUCAACAUGUUCAAGAUCUUGACGUUGAAGUCACUACCAAAGACUACUUUAACUUCCCUCGUUGGAUUGUAACUUCUCAAAAGUUAAGAACCUUGAAGCUCAAGUCAUCUUACCCAGGUUUUAGAUUACCUCCUUCAUCAUCAAUCUGUGGAGGUUUCCAGAAACUGACAUCACUCUCUUUAUCUCUUGUGAUUCUAUACAACCAACCUUAUCUCUCAGAUUUCUUCACUGAUCCAAACUUCCCUCUUUUAGAGAAACUAGCCCUAGAAAGUUGCUUCGGACUCAAGGAACUUAGGGUUUGUUGCCGUCUUCUCCAAGAGUUUACUUUAAAGAAGUCUUUACAGCUUGAUAGCUUAGAGGUUUCUGGUAAUAACCUUCAUAGACUUAAGGUUGUGAGUUGCUUCCAUUCAUACCCUAAAGAGAGCAUUGUGAAGAUUAACACUCCAAAUCUCAAAACGUUCCUUUGGAACUCAAAUGCAGUCACUACAACUGUUCAUUUCUUGAACAAGUUAGUUUGUCUGAGAAAGGCAUUCGUUGGAGUUCUGUUGCUUCAUCAAGAUAUCAAUUCUCAGACACAGAGCUUAUUCACUCUCUUGUCUGAACUCUGCCAUUCCUAUAAACUACAACUUGGAAACCAAUCUGUAGAGAUUUUGUCAAGCAAGAAGGGAUUAGUAAAGAAUCAUCUUAUACCGUUUCACAACAUGAGAUUCUUGGAACUGCAAACACGUUUCGACAGACACAAUGUUCAAGCGUUGUCAUGUUUGUUCAAGAGCUGCCCGAUGCUUAACAUACUUCUUCUCAAGAUCAUUAAUGAUCAAACAAGUGAAAGAAGGCAAUGGAAUAAGGACUUGUGGGAUAUGUCUAACUCAGAGAUUCAACACUGGGAAUCUCAAACCUAUGAAGUGGAAUCUUUCUUGAACAAUUUGGAGUUUGUGGAAAUUCAUGGAUUCUUAGAGUGUGAGAAUGAGAUGAGCCUUGCUAUCUUUCUGCUGAGACAUGGAAAGGCCUUGAUAAAGAUGACUCUAAGAUCUAGUUUCCUCUGUCGAGACAAUCUCCGGAGGCAGAUGAUAAGGUCACAGUUAAUGGGAUUCUCAAAGGCAUCUUCCAAAGCCAAAAUCUCCUUCCAUUGA